UGCGGCGGGGAGACGCAGAGGCGCUUCCCCAGACGCCAGGCGGGGAAACCCGGGUUCAGCAGCCACGGCGGACCGGGCCGGGGGACAUGGGGGAUCCGGAAAGGACGUUUUCUGUGAUCUAAGAGGAAACGGAUCUUGUCAGUGUGAGAAGAAAACUUAAAGCGCAGAGAGGAAGAGAAGAAAGAGAGAAAAGGGGCGUUUUUCUCUGCAGAGAGAAGAAAGAAAGAAAGUGAGGAUUUUCCAGACGCAGCGGCGACGCGUUUUACUUCAACCGGUGGAAUUGAUUUGGAUCAGUCGCGGUCCAGAUGGAGGUCAGUGAGGACAAAGUGGCAGAAAGAAGGACCGGAGGUGAAAUUUCACACCUCAGCGCAGCAGCCAUGUCACAGCAGCUCAGCAUCGACAGCUGCUACGACACGCUGACAAAAGCCAAGAGCCAAAGUCUGGACGGCUUGAAGGAGCGGGUCUACACCUACAUGAGCGACAAUUUCCUGCAGAUCCUCAGGAACCCCGGUGUGUACGGCCGGCUGACGGCCGGGGAGAGAGAGCUCAUCCUGGCCAGGAGGAUGGAGGGGAGCAGGCUGCUGUCGGUGGCGGAGAUAAAUGAGGUGUAUGACCGGGUGGGCAGCCGGGAGAACAGCCGGCCGCAGAGCCCGUUAUCCGGCCAGCCGCCAGAGGACAAAAACCACCACCGGAUCUUCUGCUUCCACAGGGAGAAAAACCGGUGGGAGGUGCUGACCCGGAUGCCGGAGGAGAUCCAGACCAGAGGCUCCGGCAUCUGCACCAUGUACAACUACCUGUUCGUGGCAGGUGGCAUCAAGACGCAGGGAGACUGCGCCAAGGCGACGGACAAGGUCUUCUGCUACAACCCGCUCACGGACGUCUGGACCGAGAUCCGGCCGCUGUCCCAGCCGCGCUCCCAGCUCAAACUGGUUUCCAUGGACGGCUACCUGUUCGCCAUCGGAGGGGAGUGCCUGUUCACCGUGGAGAGGUACGACCCGCGGGUGGACAGGUGGAGCCCCGUCGCGCCUCUGCCCAAGGGCUCCUUCGCCGUUGCGCACGAAGCGACGAGCUGCGGCGGGGAUCUGUUCGUGUCCGGCGGGUCGCUCUUCUACCGGCUGCUGCGCUACGACUCCCGGCGGGACGAGUGGGAGGAGUGCCCGUUCAACGAGAGCCGGAGGCGGUCCACGGACAUGGUGGCGCACCGGAGCCUCAUCUACCGCUUCGACGUGAACCGGGAGAGGGGCGUGGACGUGUUCAAGUACAACACGGUGGUGAAGGUCUGGCACGGCGGCGCGUCCUUCCCGCAGGACAACCCGCUGCCCUUCCGCUGCGCCGUGCUCGGUGACCGGAUCUACUGCGUCAACAAGAGCCGGACCCUGCAGUUCGUGGUGGAGGAGGACCGGGAGGAGUUCCUGCCGGAGGUCCUGCCCGCUCCGGCCGAGGCCAGAGGAGCGCUGGUGCCCUUCGUCCUGACGCUGCACGGAGCCGCCUGACCGACCCCGGACCCGCCGCAGCUCCCCUCAGCUCUCCAAGCCUCCCGCUUUCUCUCUGAUCUGCAGUUUGCCACGGUGCCUUUUUGUUAUUAAUGAAUACGAUCAUUUUGGCAGGGCUUUGUGCGUCAUAUGCACUAACUUUUUUUCUUUUUUCUUUAUUUCUUUUAACUUAAUACGGGGGUUCACCUCCUGAGCGUCACAGGGCGCUGGGAAUCCACUUUUUGUGUCUUUUUACUUUGUUCAGCGCUUUUUUCAGUUUAAUCAGAACAGGAGCAGCAAUCUGACAACAGGAGUGACGAGUCUAACUUCACUUGUCAUGUUUCUGUCAUCAUGUUGACUCUCAAGUGAGGAAAUUCAGCGGAGAAAGUGAAGCUGCUGCGGAAAGGAGUGAGAUUACCCAACCAGCAGAAUGAGACUAACUAACGCUCUGAAAAUGGACCUUUGGGGUUUGCUUUAUGAUUCUCAUAAAACAGUGUAGUGGCUGUAGCAGUUUAUAAUGUUAGAGGGUUGCCAGUUUGAAUUCCUGGCUGUGCAAAAAAAAAAAAA